GAAACAACAAAUGCCGAGCCCGAGCCCGAGCCCUUUUCAGUCCAUUGGGCCAGAGUGACGGCCCGGGAAUUUCGAGCCUGCUUACUUUCAAACAGAAGUACAGAACAAUAAGCUAGAACUGAAUUUGGGGACCUUCCCAAUCUUCCACUACAGAUCUUAGAUUCUUAGUACGAAACCCUUUAUGGCUAAUAAGGAAUCGAUUCACUUCAAGGCUACAUUAAAACGACCUGAUCGAGUCAUAGAUUGUUGGCUUAUUGAGAGACCACAGAACGAAGCACACCUAGUUGACAGCCUUCUUGCAUGGUCAGUGAGCGUUGGACCUCUUAACAAAACUGUUCCAGCAGUAAUAAUAUUUGGAGAUUCUGUAGUUGACACUGGCAACAAUGACUAUAUCACCACUAUCAUCAAGUGUGAUUUCUCACCUUAUGGGAAGGAUUUCGAGGGAGGAAUCCCUACCGGUAGGUUCAGCAACGGAAAAGUCCCCGCAGACUUUAUAGCUGCAUUAUUUGGUGUGAAGGAUUUAAUGCCAUCGUAUCUUGAACCCAACUUGCAACUCCGGGACUUCCUUACCGGUGUAAGUUUCGCAUCGGGUGGUGCUGGGUAUGAUCCUUUCACAUCAAAAUUUGUGAAUGCCCUGUCAAUGGACGAUCAAAUAGACAUGUUUAAAGAGUACAUAGAGUUAGUAAAGGCAGCAGUGGGGAAAGAAAGACUGGCUACUAUGCUAUCAAAAAGCAUAUUCAUUUCUGUUUUUGGAAGCAAUGACAUUGCAAAUACUUUAUCAAAUCCAAUUCGGAGGCUGCAAUAUGAUGUUGAUCAGUACAUUGAUUUAUUGGUCAACUCUGCCUCAGAAUUUUACCAGAAACUUUACGCGCUUGGAGCGAGAAGAAUUGGAGUAUUCAGUUCACCACCAAUUGGGUGCGUUCCAUUGAAGAGAACAGUAAAGGGUGGCAUACGAAGGGACUGUUCUGAGUCAGUGAAUAACGCAUCAAUUCUCUUCAACACCAAGCUCUCUUCAAUGAUCAAUUCUCUCAACAAACAGCAUCAUGACUUUAGGCUCGUCUAUCUUGACAUUUUCAAUACGCUACUUUCCCUGAUCCAAACUCCUGCUAAAUAUGGAUUUGAAGUAUCAAGCAAAGGCUGUUGUGGCCCUGGAACGUUACCAGCCGGUUUUCUUUGUAAUGCUCUUGUGGAGGAUUUCUUAUGCAAUGACACCUCAAAGUACGUAUUCUGGGACACUUUCCAUCCCACUGAGACAGCUUACAAGAUUCUCAACACUUUGGUCUUCACCAAGGAUACAAUAAGCAAGUUCUUUUGAGGGCCUCUCUCUUUUAAGUUUUAACUACAUCAAAAAAUUCUCUAAAUACCUAAAUAAUGUGUAUUGACCAUUGGAGCUUGCACAGAUGCAUAUGAUGGUCUCCUCUAAUGUAUUUCUCAGAAGGAAAUUGGAAUAUAUGUUUCUAUAUAUACUUGUAUCUAUCCUAUUACAGGAUUGCAUAGAUACAUUAAUAAGAUGGUUUCAUCAUUUUUUGUUUA